AUGUCAAAGAGAAUGGUGCUACAAGGACAGUCGAGGCUAUUUGUCGUACGACUUCGGGACUAUUUUGAACGAGAAUGCCAAAACGGUGGCCCUCUUUUACCCCUGUCGCAUGUGCUUGCACGUGUUGCUGAUGCGUUGGGAAUAAGUUGUGGUACAGUGUCAAGAAUAACAUUUGAAGCAUAUGGCCGCAGUGGCAUGGAAGAGAAUAAACUUCGUACACCAAAAAGGAAAAGAAGAUCGUGUACUGUGACUGCAAUUGAUAACAUUAAUGUUGAGGCUAUUAAGCAUCAUAUAAACAAUUAUUACGUACGUAAGGAAAUGCCAACUUUAAGAAAGGUCCCAAAAGAAGGGAAACCUAAGAUGAGACUUGUGAAAGUAGUGAUGGAUCCUGAAAGUGAUUGUAGCAGCCUAUCUGAUAGUAAUAAGGUACAAAAACACAGGGACGAUUUAGAUGACACCAAUUUCAAGUAUAACUCAAACAUGCAGUUGGAUAAUAUCAGUCUAGACUGGGACUCUGAAGAUCCCUGUUAUCUAUCAAACAGUGAAGAUGACUUUAUUACUAAAGACACCAGCUAG